CAAAAUAUUCGCUUUGUGUUGUGUCGUUAUGGUUAAUGCAGGGUCAAUAAUCUAAAGCUAAAAGAAAAAAAAGAAAUUAUGUCUCUAUUUGCUCCUAUAUAUCUAUCAAACCUGUGGGUAAUGUAAAUACACCAAAAGACUUGCUAGUACUGCAGCAGCCUUAUAACCCAAUGGCAUAUGGCUUCCUUCUCUUCUUAUUUUUCUCUUCCAUUAUGUCCACACAUAUUCAUGCAUGCAACCAAACUGAUCGCAGCUCUCUCAUGUCCUUUAUCCUAACUUUAUCUUCUCUUUCCUUCAAUUGGACCUCUGAUAAUUGUUGUCAAUGGAAGGGCAUCGCUUGUGAUCAAGAUAGUAGGGUCACCCAUUUGCUCCUACCCUCCAAAGGGCUCAAAGGAGGUAUGUUUCCCUCAUCACUUGCAAAUCUCACACAUCUCACCCACUUGAAUCUCUCGCAUAAUUCACUUUUUGGUUCACUUGACACUCAAUUCUUUGUGACCUUGAAUCGUCUUGAGAUCCUUGAUUUGAGUUAUAACCUUCUUUCUGGAGAGCUACCAUUUUCUCUACCAUCCAGCAAUAAUAUCCAGAAACUAGAUUUGUCUAGCAAUCACUUCCAUGGUGCAAUUCCAUCUUCAUUCUUCCACCAAGCUAGCAAAUUGACUAGUUUCAAUGUCAGCAACAAUACCUUCACAGGGUAUAUCCCAUCCUCGAUUUGUCUCAAACAUUCUUCUCCCUUCCUUAGGCUAUUGGAUUUUUCUUCCAAUGAAUUCAGUGGCAACCUUGCUCCUGGACUAGGGGACUGUUCCGAACUGCUGGUUUUUCGGGCCGGUCGCAAUAACCUCUCAGGACUACUUCCAGAAGAUAUCUAUAAUGCUACUAAACUUGAAGAAAUUUCAUUACCUCUCAAUUCGCUAUAUGGAGCCAUUAGUGAUAAAAUUGUCAACCUCACCAACCUUGCAAUCCUCAACCUCUUGUUUAAUCAUCUUGGCAGCGAGCUUCCUCUCAAUUUUGGGAAGCUCUCCAAGUUGAAAUAUGUGAACCUUGAUUUCAACAAUUUAGAAGGUUAUUUGCCCCCAUCUUUGAUGAAUUGUACAAACCUUGAAGAACUACAUGUGCAAUCCAACAACUUGGAAGGAGAUAUCUCCAUGCUUGAUUUCUCCAGACUUAGUCAACUUACUAAACUUGACAUAAGACUCAAUAACUUCACUGGUAUGUUCCCAAUAAGCCUGUACUCAUGUCGGUCCCUAAAAGCCAUUCGAUUGAGCAACAAUCAUCUAGAGGGACAAAUACAAGUUGACAUUCUUUCAUUGAAAUCUUUGUCCUUCCUCUCACUUGGUUUCAAUCGAUUCACCAACAUCACAGGGGCAAUGAAGAUAUUAAUGAGUUGCAAAAGUCUUCACACACUCCUACUCACUGGUUCCUUUAAAGGUGAGGGAAUGCCAGGUGAUGAUGACAUGGCUGAUAUUGAUGGAUUCCAAAAUCUUCGAGCAUUGAGUUUCGCUGAAUGCCAGCUCACGGGUCAAAUACCUAUAUGGUUGUCAAAGCUCAACAAGCUAGAGAUCUUGCUUCUGGGUAGUAAUCAAAUCACAGGGCCAAUUCCAAGCUGGUUGGGGGCUCUUCCUAGACUGUAUCAUGUAAGCUUGCCAAAGAACCGAAUUUCUGGUGAAUUUCCAAAGCAACUUUGCAGACUACCAAGGUUGGUUUCCGAAGCAUCUCAAGACGACACUAGUUAUGAAUUUGAAUUGCCUUUCUUCUUGGGCCCUAUAAUCACAAACCCAAGUUAUUAUCUAUCGUCGAAAUUGUCUUCCUAUCCAGCAAUGAUAGACCUAUCUGAAAAUAACAUUGGUGGUGAGAUACCUAAUGAGAUCGGCCAACUGCAGCAUCUCCGCAUGUUGCGUCUUGGCUACAACAACUUCUUUGGCGUCAUUCCAGACCAAAUAUCUAAUCUAAAAAAUUUAGAGGUUUUAAGCCUCUCAAUGAAUCACUUGUCCGGAAUAAUCCCAUCGUCAUUGGAGAGCCUUAAUUUUUUGAAAGAAUUUAAUGUCUCAUACAAUAAUCUCAAAGGACCAAUACCAACAAGCACCCAGCUCCAAAGCUUCGAUGCUUCUGCCUUUGAGGGUAAUCCCAAUCUUUGUGGUGCCCCACUUCCAAAUGAGUGUGGUCGACCAAAUAAGGUCAUUGAGGAAGAUAAUAACAACAACAAAGACGAGGGGAAUGGGCAUCAACUUCCAUGGUUUUAUAUUUCUUCUGUUGUGCUAGGGUUUAUAGUGGGAUUUUGGGGAGUUUUUGGUUAUUUAAUUUUUAACAAGAGAUGGAGGUAUGCAUAGUUUUGAUUCAUAGACAAUGUACCUAAUUGGCUCCAUGCGAUAUAACUGUGAGCAUCCCCACGAUAAAAAGAAGGUUUAGAGGCUGGAUAUAUAUAUAUAUAUAUAUAUAUAUUAUUGUGCUUUUUAUUUUACAUUUUCAGUUUGCUUUUCUUUUGUGUUCGUGAUGUUAUAAUAAGGUAUAGUUGGUUCAUAUAAUUCUUCUUUUUUGGAUGUGA